GACGGCAGGGUUCUGGAGAAGCAACUUCCCUCCGUUAUUAUCCACACUGCAGAGCUUUCUCAGAGAUGCGGCUGUCUUUGACUCAAACCUGCUCCUGGGCACUCCUGCUGCCACUAUUGUCAAGCAUGCUUCUGUGGAAGAAUGUGGCCUCUCUGCCCAUGUGUGAAGUAAUAAAUGGACAUUGCCAGCUGACUCUUGAGUACUUGCUUAAUCAGGCACGUGGCGUAUCUGAGGAUAUCAACCGCCUCACCUUGGAAAUGUUCAAUGAGUUUGACAAAGAAUAUUACUCAGGUCCCGAGGUCAACAAAAUCCCCCUGCACCUGCUGUGCCACAAUUACUCCUUCCCUUCUCCAGAUAACACAACAGAAGGCCAAGAGAUUCAGCCUGAGGUCCUUCUGAAAGUGACCAUAGGCAUGCUGGUUGGCUGGAACAACACGCUGAAGCAUGUAAUAAUAGAUCUUGCUGAUCUGGAGUCAGUCCCUGGUGUUGGUGCUUUCAUAUCUAAAAUCAGAAAGAUAAUUGAAAAUUCCACAAAACUCACAAAACUCCUAGAGGAUGUUAAGUCAUUACUUAAUCUGGUUCGCCUUGAAUUUGAGGAAGAUGAGGACUACCCUGCCUCAGCUGGAUUGCCAUCUUCACAUCUGUUAAACGAGUCCUCUCGCCUUCGUUUCUAUCAUAUCCUCCUUGGCUGCCUGAAGUACAAUGCAGAAAAGAUUGACACUCAUGUCAAGAUCCUGAGAUGUCAAAUGGUCCCCAGAAAAUGUUAAGUCUGCAUCCUAUCUGUUCUGAAAUGCUCAGAAACAGAAGGAUGCUACAGCAACUCAUCCCUCCAGACAUUUUUGUUAAUUUUAUACCUUUUCAGUGUAUACUUAGGAAUUAAGGGACUCUUCUUGGAGUAUUAAAAACUGAUAUUUUAAAAAUA